CUUCAGUGAGACCUCAUCUGAACAACUGUAAGUGAUAUUUUAUCGACAAAAAAGCCACUUCCAGUAGUGAUUUGUGGUUUUCCGCGAUUUUUUAUCUCGCCUUUCCAGAACGUAACCUCACUUUUCUUGUUGUUGAGCUGCGCAGAGAUUUUACAAAUGGGGAAUCUUUUCAGUAGCAGAGCACCUGUAGACAUGAGUGGACCUGUGGCACAGUUCGUUCGAGACACCAUCGCCAGCGACAAGGUGGUGAUCUUCUCCAAGACGUACUGCCCGUACUGCCAGAUGGCCAAGGAGCAAUUCCGGAAGCUCGCGCAGGACUUCACAUCCAUCGAAUUGGAGACCAGGGAUGAUGGCGCAGAGAUUCAGGAUGUGCUGGGCGAGAUAACAGGUGCCCGAACGGUGCCCAGAGUGUUCGUGAACGGACAGUUCAUCGGCGGCGGAACGGACGUGAAGAAGAUGGCAAGCAACGGAAGUCUUCAGCAAAUGCUAGCGUGAUUCAUCCUCGCGAAUUUCCCCGAAAUACUCUCUGUCUCUUUUCCGCGGAUAUAAAUAAACACGUCAGCUGA